AUGACGACCAAGAGACAAAAGAAAGAGCGGAAGCCCAUCAUUGUCAAUGCAUUCGACAUGGCAACCCCAGGUUUGCAAUCGCCGGGGCAGUGGAAACAUCCAAAGGACAAAUCAAGAGAUUACAACACGAUCGAAUACUGGGUGAAUCUUGCUAAGCUAUUGGAAAAAGGAAAGUUUAAUGCUUUGUUUAUUGCUGAUGUGUUGGGACCAUACGAUGUCUACAACGGACCAAGAAACCUCACGGCAGCUGCUAAAUCAGGAGCUCAAUGGCCAAUCAACGAGCCUAGUGCGGUAGUUCCGGCAAUGGCUGCAGUGACCAAGAAUCUAUCAUUUGCUGUUACUGCAAGCACCAUUAGUGAAGCACCUUAUCAUUUUGCUAGAAGACUAGCCACGUUGGACCGAUUGACGAAGGGACGUGUUGGAUGGAAUAUUGUUUCGUCGUACUUGGACACUGCAAGUAGAAAUUUGUUGAAUGGUGAGCCAUUGCCACCACAUGACGAAAGAUAUGAAAAGGCCGAAGAAUACUUGGAGGUGAUUUACCAACUCUUUUUGUCCUCUUGGGCCGAUGAUGCUGUGAGGUUAGAUUUACAGAAAGGUGUGUUCUCCGAUCCCGAAAGAAUCAGAGAAAUAAACUACGAAGGAAAACAUUACAAAGUACCUGGUCCAUUCAUUUGUGAGCCCAAUCCUUAUCAAAGGUUACCGGUUAUAUUACAAGCCGGUGCUAGUACCAAGGGUAUGGAGUAUGCCGCAAAGAAUGCAGAGGCAGUAUUCAUUAAUGGUAACACUCCCGAAGGAUUGAAAUCAAAGAUUGACAAGCUCAACGCUUUAAUUAAAAAACACGGGAGAAACCCUGACGAUGUAAAGAAAGUUCAGUUGGUUACUGUAAUCGUUGCGCCUACGUAUGAAGGAGCAGUUGAAAAGUUUAAUGACUAUAAGAAAUACGCCGAUGUUGAAGGUGCCCAAGCACUUUUUGGAGGUUGGACCGGAGUCGACCUUGGAAAGUAUGACUGGGACCAAGAGUUGGAUCAAGUGGAAAGUAAUGCUGUCCGUAGUUUUGCUGAAAUGAUGAUUAAACCGUUCCCGGGAGACCCUCCGGAGCUCAAAAAAACCAGAGGAUACAUUGCAAAUAAGCUUUCCAUUGGAGGAUCAGGUGUCUUGUUCAUUGGAUCUCCAUCUGACGUUGCCGACGAAAUUGAGAACUGGGUUGAUGUUGCCGGUGUUGAUGGAUUCAAUUUCACUUAUGCCAUUACACCUGGCUCAUUUGAAGAUAUCGUUGAGUUGUUGAUUCCAGAGUUGCAAAGACGGGGAUUGGUUUGGAAUGAUUAUCCGAAGGAAGGAUUAACGUUUAGGGAGAACUUGUAUGGAAUUGAUAGAGAAGACCCUACGUUUUUGAAACCGGACCAUCCUGCUUAUAAUUUGAGAUGGAAGGAAGGAGAGAGUCGGGAGGAGUUCGAAGCUAAGUUGAAGAGGACUUGGAAGGAGAACUUUAGUAAGGAAGGAUAA